AUGGAGGUUGCGACGCAGAGCAGGGGCGCCUCCGUCGGCCGGUACUCGGCCGCGACCCAGUGCGCGGCUCUGGCCGCCGCCGCCGUGGCGCUGUCGUACGGCUGGAGCGCCUGGGCGCGCUCGAAGCACAGCAGCGUCCUGCAGCAGGAGAUCGCGGUCCUGAAAAGCAAGCUCGAACUCGACGCGGGGCAGCUGCGGGCCAUCCGCGACGCGAUGAUCGAGGAGAUGGAGGCCGGCCUGCGGGAGCGCGGCCGGCCGAUGCACAUGCUGCCGACGCACGUGGCGCAGCUGCCGCGCGAGACGGACACCGGCGACGCGUACGCCGUGGACCUGGGCGGCACAAACCUGCGCGUGGCGCGCGUCGUCGUCCGCGAGGGCCGCCUCGAGGGCGAGCCGACGAUCGAGGCGCGCGAGGUCCCGAAGCACCUGCUCACGGAGCCCGUGGAGCACCUGUUUGACUUCCUGGCCAUGGCCCUCGAACGCAUGAUCGCGCGGCACGGCGACCCCUCGCGGCCGGCGCGCGUGGGGUUCUCGUUCAGCUUCCCGAUGGAGCAGGCCUCGGUGGACUCGGGCAUCCUGAUGUACUGGACCAAGGGGUAUGCGUGUGCGGGGGCGGUGGGGAAGGACGUGGUGCGGCUGUUCAGCGACGCGCUGGGGCGCGCGGGGAGCACUGCGCGCGUCGUGUGCCUCGUGAACGACUGCCUCGGGCCGCUCGUGGCCGCGAGCGAGCCGGGCAGGCCGGCGGCGGCGGGCAUGAUCUUUGGGACGGGGACGAACAUGGCCUACAUGGAGCGGCGGGAGCGGGUGGUGAAGCUGGAGGGCGGCGGGCGGCGCGGGCGCUCGGAGGGGGGCAUGGUGAUCAACAGCGAGUGGGCGAACUUCUUCUCGGAGACGCUCCCGCUCGUGGAGGAGGACGUGUACGUGGACGCGGCGAGCCACAACCCGGGCGCGGGGAGGUUCGAGAAGCUCACGAGCGGGGCGUUCUACGGGGAGGUGUCGCGGCGGCUGAUCGCGCGGCUGCAGGAGCGGGCGCACAUCUUCGGGCCGGGCGAGGGGUCGCCGAUGCUGGGGGGGGUGGGGCAGGGGAGCUUGAGCGCGAAGGAGGCGAGCUUCGCGUGCGGGGACUACUCGCACGACCUCAGUCGCGUGGGGCUGAUGGUGGAGGGGAAGUUCGGGGUCGACAAGCGGCGGGUCGGGCGGAAGGAGAGGGAGGCAGUGCGGGAGGUGUGCCGGCUGGCGGCGAGGCGGGCAGGUUUCGUGGCUGCUGCUGGAGCGGCUGCGGUGCUGAAGAAGAUCGGGUGGGACGGGAAGACGCCGGCUGUGCUCGGAGUCGAGGGAGCUUUCUAUCACAACACCCCCUUGUUUGCAGUGACCAUGCGGGAAGGGCUGAACAAGCUGGGCUGCCAGAAGGCCGAGCUGAAGCCUGUCUCGGGCGGGUCCGUCGUCGGCACCGCGCUGCUCGCGGCCACGUUCCCGGUCUAG